CCACGAACCUCCGCACCUCCCCCAGCGCCAAAUACCUCGGUUGUCAAAAAAAAAACGUACAGUAACACAAGCCAUAAGCAUUAUCUAGCAGUCAAUGUUGCGUGAUAUCGGCGGCCAGUUGGCUUGCGUAUGCUAAAUUCCAAGUCCAUUGUCAUUCGGUUAUUGAAAUUUUUUUGAGUUUAUAUGGUGAGCUGAGGGUCAGCAACAUGCGGGCGGCUGUGGUAAUGCUUGUGAGUGUUGCACUCACGUGUUUGGUUAUUGGGAAUGCUUAUUACCAGAAGAAACAGUUCUAUCCUUCUGUCGUCUACAUAACCAAGUCGAAUCCCAGUAUGGCUGUCAUCUAUGUUCAAGGUCUCAUCAUUGUCUUCAUGACUAACACAUUCUUGAGGAAGAUUUUCUUUGGGAAUCUGAGGGCCGCAGAACUGGAGCACCUCGUGGAAAAAGCCUGGUACGCCGUAACCGAGACCUGCCUUGCGUUCACAGUCUUCAGGGAUGACUUCAGUCCCAAGUUCAUUGCAUUAUUCACGUUAUUACUGUUUCUCAAGUCGUUCCACUGGCUUGCCGAGGACAGAGUCGACUACAUGGAAAGGAGUCCAGUCAUCACGUGGCUCUUUCACUUACGUGUCGCCACACUACUCAUUCUUUUAUCGUUCAUCAAUUUAACUAUGAUCGAGUAUGCUUACAACUCUACACUAGCCAAAGGUGCAUCUGUACAAUUGGUCUUUGGGUUUGAGUAUGCUAUUCUGUUGACUGUCGUACUGAAUAUCAGUGUCAAGUACAUUCUGCAUACGAUUGAUCUGCAGAAUGAGAGCCCGUGGGAGAAUAAACCCGUUUUGCUGCUGUAUACUGAAUUGGUGAUUGGGUUAAUUAAGGUCAUCCUCUACGUCGCCUUCGUCACAGUAAUGGUGAAACUCUACACACUCCCCUUAUUCGCUGUUCGACCGAUGUACUACACGAUGAGAACCUUCAAGAAAGCGUUCCAGGACAUCGUCAUGUCCCGAAGAGCAAUCAGGAACAUGAACACGUUCUAUCCAGACGCAACACCCGAGGAACUGGCGGCUGCUGACAAUGUCUGCAUCAUUUGUCGUGAGGAGAUGGUCUCAGCCAGUAAAAAACUCCCCUGCAAUCACAUAUUCCACACUGCGUGCUUGAGAUCGUGGUUCCAGCGUCAACAGACGUGUCCCACGUGUCGUUUGAAUAUUCUCAGACCUGCUACACCCAGUGCCGAUAAUAGACAGCAAAAUCAGGGACAGGGGACGAAUCAAAUACCUCAGCAGGGACAGGCACCAGUUAAUAAUCAAGAUGGCUCACGACCAGAACCAAGACUCAUAGCGAAUCUCCGAGCUGCGCUCGAUCAAACAGCACCAUUUCCCCCCCAAGGAAUGCCAUUCUUCGCUCCACCAUUUCCAAAUGUCGUCCCAUUUCCACCAGUGCCCACUCCACCACCCAAUCUUACUGCCCUCAGUGAAGACGAGCUCAGGGCGAUGGAGGGAAACUUGAGACAGGCUGUUGAGGCGAGGAUAGAGACCCUCCAGAGGGUUCAGCUGCUCUUAGAUGCUGCCAAUGCCAUGAUGAAUCAGUAUCAGACUGCGGCAGCUACUGCCAACAUCCCAAUGCCACCAACGACGAGUCCCCCAAACCCUCAGCCCCAAUCCUCCACAGCCGCAACCCCCCCUGACCCCCCGAAACCCCCAGGAUUCGUCUUCACGUUCCCCACAGUUGACCCAGUUCCAACGUCAUCGACUGCCAAUGCCUCGAGCACGAGCAGCGGUGGCAGUGAGCCAACCCCAUCAACCUCCUCAACUCUACAGGACCAAGACGAUGAAGCAACGGUCCUCAGACAGAGAAGGCUCCAGAAGUUCACAGUACCAACGACGGAGGACUAAAAUAAUUGAGUGCAAAAAAAAGAGGAAAAGCAUUCGUGUCUUGGGAAGUUGGAGAUUUCGUCGAUCCUGAUCGCUUCUGGCAGGCGUUCACUCAUUGAGACAUUGAGGAAUGAGAAAAUAACUUUGAGAACGUGAAAAUCUAGGGAAAUAAUUAAUUGAUAAUUGAUUCAGUGGUGAAGUGAAGGGAUAAUUAAAUCUGAGAAUCGUUGACUGUGAGUUUAUCUCGCUAACGAGUGCUCCUAUGAGAAAAUGUCACUAACAUUUUUUGUAGAGAAUUUUGUAAUGUACAAAAAAUCUCGUUGACAUUUUUUUCUAAAUUCAGUGGUUUUGAAGGUAUUUCGAAAAUUCUGAAUUCCAAAAUUUGAGAAUUGGAAAUAUCUUCGAGAGGAAGAGAUUUAAAGAAAAAUGUCAUAAGACACUUUUUGAAGAGGAUUUCAUGCUCUAUAAACGUUAUUUUAUGACACUUUUUCCUCGACCCACUCAUUAUCGAGAUAACUUAACAUUUGGGUCCUGAAAUCUACAAAUUUCACUUGACUACUGAAUCCACGUCAUCAUCCCUUUUGUUAUUAUUUUUUUGUUUAUUCGUGUGUAAAUAAUCUGAAUUUUUAAGGUACUAAACAGGUAAUUCUCCUCAUCUUCCAUUCGUAUUUUGCUAUUCUCUCCAAAUCAUCAAUUUAAAAAGUGUAAAAUAGAUAUAUCGAGAGAGGGUUUAUACUCGUAAUCGAGUAGGACAAGUGUAUCCAGAAUGAUAUACAAUUAUUACGUGAAUUGUAUUUUAUUGCGUGCACUCAAUUGUUGUUAAUCAAUACUGAUGAAUAAUGAGAGAUGAAUUUAAAUGAAAGAUGUAUAGAAUUCUCAGGUGAUGUUGAGACAUUGUUUUGUGACGUUUGAGUGGAAUAAUGGGGUAGACUGGUGGGGAUAUGCCAUACGUGUGUAAAAAAUUCAUAGUGUUGGUUAUCACCACGUGUAAUAAACCUAUUUGUCUAUUGA